AACGUUACGAGCAUCUUGGGAUGCACUAAAGAGUGAAACCGAGGCAUGUGGCCGUGAACACAUGGCGGCAUCUCAACGGCUAACAAACGAACUAGAAAAAGUAGUCCGAGAUUUCCGUGAAAAGCAGCGAGAAGUUCGAAAGCGGACGGAGGACACGGUGAAGAAGGCACAAGCAUUCAAGAAAACUGCCCAUAACAAUGAAAUCAAGACUAAGGCAGAUUACAUAACAAAGUGCAAGGCAGCAGAUAAAGCCGAGGAGAACGUGGAAAAGAACACCCAGUUACCGCCAAGGAAGUUAGAAGAUCUACGUGUGAAGGCGAAGCGAGCACGGCAGCUAUCUGAGCAAGCAGAUAGUCAGUACCAAGAAUCAGUCGUCAACCUCGACGAAGCACGCAUACUCUGGGAGCGUGAGAUGGAAAAUUGCUGCAAGACGUUUCAAGACUUAGAAGAAGAGCGAGUAGCGUUUCUACGGAAUACAAUGUGGAAGGUGACCAAUGUUGGGUCUUCGGUUGCUGUUCAAGAGGACGAGUUAUUUGAGCAUGUACGUGCUGUCUUAGAACAUUGUGAUGUACCCCAAGACAUAGAACUCUUCAUUCAGCAGAAACGAACCGGCGAUAUUCGACCCACCCCCAUUGAAUACGAGAAUUAUUAUGGCAACAACCCAGCGGAAUCUAUUAGGCCGUCUUAUCAAAGAGAAAAGGAGCAGAAGAUGCAGCAACAACAACAGCAGCAGCAGCAGCAGCAACAGCAACAACAGGCUCAGACGCACACACCAGUACGGACUGACCCGCUGCCACAGCCGCCGAGCGAACCAGCCAGCUCAAGCCUGGCCCAAGAAGAUCAAACAUACACCGACUGCGCUCAGCUACAAUCAUCUGACAACACAGCUAUCAAUUCUCCUUCUUUGCCCCCCUCUUCCCCUGUUGCCACUACUUCCUCCGAUACGUCAUCUACUUUGACCUCUGCUACGAAUGCAUCUCCGCUUGCUCUUGCUGCUGUGGAUUCUGCUGCAGAUACUGCUGCAAGUGCCGCUACUGUUGCUGAUGCUGUGGUUGAUACUGAUGCUGUUGCUGAUGCGAGUGCCGAUGCUGUUGCCGAUGGUGCCACCGAUGGUGUUGUGAAUGGCGUUGAUGCAGCCGUUGGUGCAGCAGCUGCUACUGCUGAAGAUCGGGAUGAGAUUGGUGAUAAAAUAUAUGUAGUUUGCCAGCAGCCAUCCGCAAGAGGACCCAUUGAUCCACCAGCUCAAAGGAGUCCUUUGUCCGACAGGAUGUCUACAAGAGCGCCCAUGGACCUACCAGUUCGAAGUAGACCACUAUCCUCCAGGAUGUCAACAAGAGCCCCCAUUGACCCACCAGCACAACGGAAUCCACUAUCCGCCAAAAUGUCGGCAAGAGCGCCCAUGGACUUGCCAGAGCGCUCUGGCUCAGCACAUGCCUCACAUCACUCAUCGCCUAGCCCUAAUUGGCAUUCUGUCGAAGCAGCUGAUAAUUAUGCCAUUGUCCCGUCAACAGGCGCGCCACCGCCUGUCGUUGCUGCUGCUGCUGCUGCCGCUGCUAUGGAAGUGAGUAAUCAGAGUGGAGAUGAUGAUACAUAUGCUUGCGUGGACAAGCCAAUACCUGUUGAAAAGUCUACAUUUACACCAUUGAGCAGUGAGUCGCCUCCAAGCCAGUCACAUCCACGUGGGAUUGCUAUCAGCACGUCCUGUACUAACGUUUCCAAACCACGUUUACCUCACCGCAAUCUUUCAACGUGCACUACUUCACCCCUUGAAUCCCCGGUAUCAGCGUCUAGAUCAGUGUCCCCGAAUAAAUAUGUGGUAGUCUCACCGCUGUCUGUAACCGAACCUCCUGGAGAUCGCUUCAUGUACUCAAUGGAGAACCGUGAUACUGCUGCCACUUUUGCAGCUGGUGCUGCACUGGAUGAUGAUAUGUAUGGCACGCUGGCUGAGCCAGGUCAUGACAACUUUGCCUCCAAAUCUUGUUCUGAUAUUCCUGCUGCUACUGUUGCUUGUGGUGAUGGACUUGAUGAUGUGUAUGGCACUCUAUCUGGGCCACGUCAUGAGAAUGAUGUCACUAAAUCUUGUAAUGAUAUUCCCAUUGCUCCCAUCUCUCUUUUGGCAUCCAAGGUUCUGAGCGGCAGUGUGGACAGUGUCUUUGCAGCAGCAGCAAACACACCAAUGUGGCGUGCAUCAAAGCCUAAGUUACCACCUCGGUAGCGAUAAGUUCACUUCAUUACAUCUUUCCCUCUAUCUAUUCUCUAUGGAGAGGUACUUCCUGGUGGCUCUUUGGUAAAUAUUCUGCAGUAUCAUGUGUGCUUGGUUGGUUAUUUUUUAACUUCCCAGCAGCAAUGACUAGUCUUGUUGUUCAUUGUCACAUUUGUUGUGAACUCCAUGGAAUAGCCCGCGGUUUGUAUGUUGUUGUUUCAUUGUUCAAUUUCAGCACAUUCUUUUAUUGCCAUGCUUGAUCAAAUUUGAAUUGUUAUGCACUAUAUCCUCUUGUUAGUACACUCGCUACUCUGCUGUCCCGCUUGAUAUCACUCCCAAUGCAUUUGUGUGUGCAGUAUGGCACUGUUCCACCAUCUAGGUCACCGACAUUUUUCUUUUACUCUCUGCAAUACACAUAGGUCAUUGCGUUUUCUUUGUUUAGUUCACUGCACUGCUAUGGUUCCCCUCCCCUGCUUUGGCUAGUUUAUUGCACUGCUGCAGGCGUUCUGCACAUAUACACGCGGUUACUUCCCAUUCUGUUUUAUUCUAGUUGAUGACCCAUCGCCCCCCCCCCCCCCCCAUUAUUUGUUUGGGUUU